ACCAAAGACCUCAAUAAAGAAUGUAAUAGGAGAGGCCGAAAAGCUCUCAAAGUAGUCCAAACCUGCAACCUCAACGAACUUCGUCGACUCUCGGUCCAAAUUCCCGCCCAUAAACUCAAUUCCUCACAGUCCAUCUCAUUUCAACCAUCUCUCUCCCUCUCUUUCUCUCUCUCACACACACUCAGAAAUUCUGUUCAAGAUCGCAACAAAGAUGAUUGCGACUCUCAAGUAGGUUACUGAGCCGUACACUUCUUCCUCCAUUUCGUUUCUAUUUGAAUUCGAUUGCAUUCUAGUUCGCGAAAAGCCCGAUCGUCACUUUGAUUUGCUGUUUCUGAUGCUUGCUCAGAGCCGAAGAUCAGAGUCAAUUACAGCUCGUCGAACGCGAAGAAAUCGACGACGUGGAAAGACCUGUUCGAAGCGAUCGACAAAUCUUGACUGUAGGCCAUCAACUAAUUACAUGGAAAAGUUGCAGCGAGAUAUCACUCCAAGCAUGCGAGGAAUUCUGAUUGAUUGGCUUGUGGAGGUUUCUGAAGAAUAUAAGCUUGUUCCAGAUACACUUUACCUCACAGUGAAUCUCAUCGAUCGGUUCCUCUCUAAAAAUUAUAUGGAAAAAACAAGACUCCAGUUGCUUGGUGUUACUUGCAUGCUAAUUGCCUCAGCAUAUGAAGCAAUGCUUUGUUAUACCCUACUUUUGGAGAGUGAAGCAGAGGAGAAUAUGGGCCACUUUUCAGGCCCUUUAGCAUGCAUGGGUCACUCCUCCCACUCUUUUUCCAUGUUUCGUCUGGACCUUCUGCCCCAUAGUAGAUGUUGUUUGGCAUGGAGACAAUCUCAAUUCCAUUAAUAAAAGCAUAGAACUUACUAGAAGUUCUUGGAGAUUGGAUGAAUGUUAAAUUCAAUUUUUGAUCAUUUUCCACGUUG